ACGCUGCGGGACUGUCAGACCUGGAGCUGAGGUGUUUCUGCUCCAUGCUGCAGCUUUAUUUAAAUAUCUGCUCACACCGAGACCCGGUUUAUAUUCUGCUGGAUUCUAUGUUGAGCUGAUAAUCAGCUCGGAGUUCCCUUCAGACAGCAGGAGCUGAGAGAAUGACCUCUCCACAUCUGCUCCUCUGUCAUCCCGUGUCGAUAUCUAAUGGGGGGUCACACAUAGAGGAAGAUGAGGAUGAAGAUGAGCAGGGGGAGAAGUUUGAGUUUGAUGACAUGGAUGACAUCAGACCUCCAGAGAUGAGUUCUGACUGGACCACAGACAGUCAGCAGACAGCAGGAGAGGCUCUGGUUGGGACCACCAGUCCAGGACAGAAGGACCAGAACUCUCUGCUGGACCACCACUGCUCAGAUGUGGAGGUCAGAGAGUCACCAGAGGGAUGCUCCACCUCCUCUGACCUGGCAGCGACUGCUCAGUCGGAGAGUUUCUGGAAAGCGAGCUGUAUUUAUGAAGGAAAGCCUUGUUUAACGGCAGAAGGGGGUCAGGACGAGUCCAGCUCCACAGUCAACGGCUGCAGCCCCCACCAGGACCCUGCUGAGGUGGAGGGGUCCCCGUCAGUCAGUCCACAGGCUGAACAGGACCCCGCUGAGACAGACGGACCACCCAGCUGGAGUCCAGGCAGCGUGCUCAGAGACCCAGAGGUCCUCUAUGAUGACGUUCCUGCUGAGAACCUGCAGCAUCCAGUGGAAGAUGUUGAUGAUAUCUAUGAGGACAUCCAGAGACCUGACCACCGCGGCUCCAACGGCUGGAGCUCCAGUGAGUUCGAGAGUUAUGAUGAGCUGUCUGACGGAGAGACGGUUCCUCCACCCAGCAACAGCAAGCUGCCUGCAGACGUGCUGAGGCUGAAGGAGCGCUGUGCCGUCACCAGGAAGGAGCUGGCGGUGCGUCUCAGCACGCCACAUGUUGCCCACAUCAGACAGAGCUGUGACACCAAGGUGCAGCAGCUGAUGAAGGCAGCAAAGAACGGGACCAAGGAUGGUUUAGAAAAGACAAAGUUAGCCAUGAUCCGCAAAGUGUCAUUCCUGCAGAGAAAAGAUUCUACAGGUGAGGGGAAGGAUGAUGCCGGCUACAUGAAUGUGUCUGUGUGUGAGCUGAAGCACCCUCCACCACAGCUCUGCCCCAUGCCAGACGGCCUCAGCAGCCAGCAGGUGGUCAGGCGGCUCAUCCUCAGCUCGAUAGUGCAGAGUGAGAGCAGCUACCUGGACUCUCUCAAGAGGAUCCUCCAGGAGUACCAGAAGCCUUUGCUGGAGCAGAACGGCGUCCUGAACCCCAAGAAGGUGCGUCAGAUCUUCUACCGCCUCCAGGAGAUCCAUCAGUGCCACUCCAUGUUCCAGAUCGCCCUGGCGUCCCGCGUGGCCGAGUGGGACCACAGCGAGAAGAUCGGAGACCUGUUUGUGGCCUCGUUCUCUAAGUCCAUGGUGCUGAACGUCUACAGUGACUACAUCAACAACUUCACCAACGCCAUGGCUCUGAUCAAGAAGGCCUGCAUGUCCAAACCUGCUUUCUUGGACUUUCUUAAGAAGAAGCAGGCGUCGUUCCCAGACAGGAUCACUCUGUACGGCCUGAUGGUGAAACCCAUCCAGCGCUUCCCUCAGUUCAUCCUGCUGCUGCAGGACAUGUUGAAGAACACUCCCCGGUCCCACGGCGACCGUCUGCCCCUGCAGCUGGCUCUCACUGAGCUGGAGACUCUGGCGGAGAAGCUGAAUGAGCAGAAGCGCGUGGCGGACCAGGAGGCUGAGAUCCAGCAGCUGGCUCACAGCGUGGGGGACCGCAACCUCAGCAAGUUGCUGAACUCGGAGCAGAGACAGCUGAUCCAGUGUGAGCUCCUCACUGAGAUCGUUUAUGGGGAGAAAGGUCAAGUUCUCAAGUCGAAGGAGAGAAAACUUUUCCUUCUCAACGACACGCUGAUCUGUGCCAACGUCAACCUGAAGGGGCCCCCUGACAUCAGCAGCCUGGUCCCUGUUGGUCCCAAGUACUCAGUGAAGUGGUGCGCUGGCCUGCUGCAGACUCAGGUGGUGGAGGUGGGCCAGGACAGUCUGCAGAGGAAAGAUGAGGUCAUCAGAGCGAGACGCCACAGCUCCACCUCCAGCACCUCUGGUAAAGUGUUCCUGGGUCCUCCCAGACUGUACCAGGAGCUGGAGGAGCUGCAGCAUGACCUGUCGGUGGUGGAGGAGGUCUCCCUGCUGGUGGGCACGCUGCAUGGCACCUACCAGAACCUGAACUCCACGGUGUCUCAGGACUGGUGUCUGGCUCUGCUGAGGCUCGUCCGGCUGAAGGAGGAGCAGAUCCAGAACGCCAACAAGUGUCGCCUGCGUCUGUCGGUACCAGGAAAACCUGACAAGUCUGGUCGUCCAGUCAGCAUCAUCGUGGUCUUCAACACUCCCAGCCCCCUCAGCAAGAUCUCCUGGGUGAACCGGCUUCACCUCGCCAAGAUAGCUCAGAGACAGGAAAACCUUCCCGGCUGGGAAUGUGCUGAAGAAGACGGAAAGACUAAAGCUCCGUUUGGUUGUCCACUGUUGACCUGCAGACUUCCUGUCUGCUCCUCCAGAGCACACACACUGAAGCUGGAAGCAGCUCUCCACAGCCCGUCCCAGUCCAGCCUGCUGGGAUCCUGCAUGGCCAGUACGUCCUUACCACUGGGAUACCUCUGGGUGAGAGGAGGAGGAGGCGGUCCCAGCCAGGGCCAGGUGGAGAUCUUCUCCCUGAACAGAGCCGCUCCUCGCCUGGUGAAGACGCUGCCGCUGGGCGCUCCCGUCCUCUGUCUGGAGGCGGUGAAGGAGUCGAGUCCCGGCUCAGAGGAGAGGGAGCAAGGAGCCAGGACAGGAAACAUCAUCUGUGUUGGUCUGCAGGACGGCAGUAUCUCCGUGUUCAGCAGCGUGGACACGGCGGUGCAGUGCCUGCUGACCCUGCUGACCCCUGACCUCUGCCCCGUGCUCUGCCUCAAACACUCGCUGUGCUUCCUCUUUGCUGGACUGGCCAACGGCAACGUAGCUGUUUACCACAGGACCAGUGGUGAGAGGCUGUGGGGCGUGGACCCAUACAGGCUGCUGUCUCUGGGCUCGGAGCCGGUCCGCAGCCUGCUGACCAGUGAGGACGCUGUGUGGGCCAGCUGUGCUAACAGGGUCACCGUCAUCCAGGGACCCGGCCUCCACACACAGACGUUCCCAGCCCACUGUGAUCCAGGCUGCACCGUCAGCCACAUGAUGCGUUCAGGCGGGGGCGUGUGGAUGGCCUUCACCCAGAGCUCCUCCAUUCACCUGUUUCACACUGAGACUCUGGAACUACUACAGGAAGUCAACAUCUCCACCCGCACCGCCAAUCUGCCACCAGGUGAGGUUGUUGUCACCAGCCUGCUGAUCUGCCAGGGUCUGCUGUGGGUCGGCACCAGCCGGGGCUUCAUCCUCACCUUCCCCGUCCCCACGCUGGAGGGCAUCCCCAAGAUCACAGGUAAGGGGAUGAUGUCUCUGAACGCCCACUGUGGUCCGGUGGACUUACUGGUGUCGACCUCCAGCACGCUGGCCUCCAGCCUGUUCAGACGGGACUCCACCCUCAGCAGCAGCGAAGAGGAUGCCAACAACAGAGAAGGACAGGGAGAUAGAGGUGGUGGGGGAAGUGAUGAAGGUGAGCAGAAGUUGGAGCAGAGCAGCUACCUCCACCCCUCAGAAGCUGGUUCCCCGAGGGAGGAGAAGCCCAAGCGCCUCCUGCUGCAGUAUCGCCUCCACUCCACCUGCCAGCUGCCUGGGAAGCCGCUGACAGCUCAGCCUGACCAGGUGAACCACUGCCUCCCCCCAGACUCCCUGGAGCACAGCCCAGAGGACGGCUCCAUCUAUGAAGUGAGUGAGGACCCUGAUGUGUGGGUGAGGGGGCGGCCUGCUGAGUGGGGGAAGGAGGGCGAGGCCCGGCGCAGCAGGAUCACCUCCACAGCCAUCUUCUCCGGUGGUCGAGGCUACCGCAGGAUAGGACACACGGCCUCAGCAGGAAGCAGCUCAGCCUCCACUGAAAACACACUGCUGGUCUGGCAGCUGCCUCUAGCUGUCAGCCAAUGACAGAGGAGCAUGUCACCUGACUGACCUGACCAGCUGACCAGCUGUUUCCUCAGUCACUGUGAUGCUGGACACAUCGGUGGACUUACCAGCUUUCUUCUGAAUGUUUCUACUCAACUCACCAUCUGAUUUCAAGUCAGAGAAGCCAAGGAAACGUCACCUAGGACAGUUCUUUUGGUUUUCCACUCAAUUUCAGUGGAAUGGCAAGUGAACACCACAUGCAAGUAAUGCUACAGAGCUAGCAUUUAAGGUAGCAUUACUUGUGAAUCCUACGAAUACUUGAGUCAGCUGCUACUUCCAGUGAUGUUUAACAUCAGGAACAUUCUUCCGCCCUUGGUUCAGAUGUGAUAACACAUGGCAUUAAAUGUGAUGUAGACACUGUGAAGGGCCUCUAUUAAAUGCAAAACCACCUAAUGGCAUGCUGGGUACAUCUUGAUCUCCAUCGUCACUACAGUUCAUUUAAGACCAGGAGAUGAAGGAGAGGCCAGCUUUAUUACAUUGUAGAAAACUCAUUUCAGGGAUCAGUGAUGUAACCUUCAGAAUAAACGAUUUUGUAAUUUGAAGCGUAUACUCCAGCAUGGUAAGGAGGAGUAACUAUCUAAUAACUAUCUAAUGGCAGGUGUAUUUCUCAGGACCCAGGGAAGCUCAGUGAUGAGUGGGAUGUGUUUGGUUGCACAGUUCUCUGAAAGCUGCAAGCAGCAAGCAACAGGCCAAGCAUUCAGCACCAAGCUGAACUAAACUGAAUCAACUUUUCACAGUAAGCUUAGUUUGUAUUGCUGCCAGUUGCAUCAUGCCAAUCUAGAUUUUUACGCUGUUUUUCAGACAUAGAUAUGACUCAUUCUUACCCAGAACCACACCAUGUAACUUUCAAACCAGCUGGGCCCAUAACUCAUGACUGUAUAUGCAUUUUGGAAAAUAUGACUAUUCUCCAAUACUGAGAGAGACCUAAGAACAUCAUUAUCAUUAUCUCUUUAAAUGCAUUAUAGUAUGAAGCUGGAGUCAGUGGCAUGCUGAAACUUCUUCCUGGAGGACAGCAUCCCUGCACAGUGACCAAACACACUGCACACAGAGGUUAUCAAGACAUAGUGCCAGCCUGUAACUUACCACAAAGUGUUGUGUUUACAUUUCUGUUUAUAUACAGGUGUUAUAAAUUAAAUUCCACAUGUCAAUUACUCAGCUUUAAAUGUGUUUGUAGGUUUGGAUAGAGCCAGGCCUACUUUCAAGGGUCUAUGUUAAGCUAGGCAAACGCAGGUUGUUGAUAGUUAACCUGUCCGAGUCUUUUGCUUCCUGUAAAGUCUCGUCUCUGUCUAGAUUGCAUUAUGUGUGCAAUGGAGGAUAGAAGGUAUUCAGACAGUUCCUGUUCCCCGGAGGGGAAACUCUGGAGACUCUGCACCUUGAGUUGCUCUGUAAACCUGACCUGGCAGCAACAACACUGACCACUUUCACUAUCAAAAUCAACACAUUUAGUUAAGGUUCUGGUUUUCUUUUGACCCCGAGGCAGAGACUGACACAGAUGUAUGUAUGUAAAAAAAAACAAAAGAGCAGGCAGUGAAUAUAGGAGCUAGCUGACUCUGAAUGGAUCCCAGGUGAGGACACGAGGGCUGAGCAAGGCAGACAGGAAUCAGAUCACAAGGAGGAAAACAGGUGGAAGAACGUAGUCAGACCAGGCGGCAACCUCCUGGUCUGAGCAGGGAGGCAAACCAGGAAGUGCCUUAAGCUGCAUUCUACCAAAAACUCCAGCAGGGGGCGCUGAGUUUGGCUGCAGAAACAUUUCUGUCCAUUAAUUUCAAUGCAAAAUGAGAAAACUUCUCACUUGAUUUAUUACCUCAGAAUUUUUUUUAGAACAACACUAUAAUCUCAGUUGCAGUCUAAUAAUGGCCCCAUUUAGAAGAAAAUAGAAGAUAAAGAAUCGUAUGAUUUGGGGCGGGGCUACCUUUGAUUGACAGGUCACUGACAAGGCGAGCCGUCAUCAGGAGAGAAGCAGAGCAAUGCGUAUCCACGGCAACGUGUCAAUAAAGUUAUAUAUAACGUUAUAUAGAUAUAAAAAAGGACGUUUAGCGGUUUGGUCUCAUAACUUUGACCCUUUCACUGUAUUUUCACUUAAUGACAGUUUAUUUGAACGUUUUGUUCAGUAAAUGUCUUGUUCAGUGUUUGGUUGGACUAACAGACACUCCAAGGAGUCGCUGCUCAGUUUGCUGAGGUCAGAAAGAUACAUUUAGUUUUUGUUUUUUGCUAGCCAAAAUGAACAUCCCAGCUAAUGCUAACAGUAAUUAGCAGCAGCUUCUCUCAGUCAGGUUGAGGUGUAGAGAGGCUGUAGUCAGUGAUCAGAUCCCUCUCCUCCUCCACAGUCCAGAUAUGGUCUGCUCCCCGUAUCACAAACAAGAUGGAGACCAGUAUAACGCUGAACUGAUGCUUCCAACGGGUCACAAACCAACUGGUGACGUCACGGCGUCAGGUUGCUGAGCUGAGUGGAUCAGGUGUCAGACAACAGACCAACAAUAAAAGGUUAAGAGCAAAAUAAUGGAAUGUUGUGAGAAGAAUUGAACUAAAUCCUAAUCCUUAUUAUCAUUUCAAAUAAAUAAAAGAUGUAGGAAGAGCUGUGCUAUGUCUCUCUACAUUUCUUCUCAACUUCAUUUGUUGACUCCAUCCUUCUGGUUAGUGCUAUCUAAGUUAAAACGGGUUGGUCCUGAGGGAUCCAAAUGCCAAUGUAGUCUGGUGAAGCAGAUCGCUGCACACACACACACACACACACACACACACACACACACA